AUGGGAAAAUUCAAACUGUUAGCCACUUUUUUUUGUUGUCUGUCUGUUUGUUUUCCAGUUCUUUAUCGUGGACAGCUUCACGAUAAAAAAAUUAAUUUAAAAAUAGAGUUAGUAGAUAAAGAUUUACUAUUAUCAAAUGAGCAUUUAAAAAAAGAAAAGAUUAUUAUUCAAAAUGGGAAAAAAAUAAAAAUUAAAACAUUUGAAAAAAUAAAAGAGAAUGUUCUUGAAAGAGCCCUAAUCGUACAGGAAAUAGACAAAUUAAAAGGUAUAAAUGAUGUACAGAAAAAAAAAGAAGAUAUAAGUUUAGGACAUUUGAGUGAUGAUGAAACGGACGUUAAUGAGGAUGUUAAUGCAGAUGCUAAUGUUGAUAAUACUGAAGACGAUAGUGGAGAAACACAAAAUGAUAUUCAGGGCGAACAAGAAAAUUACAGAGAAGAUGGAAAUAAUAUGAAAGUUAUUUCAUCUGAAGAAUCUACAGAAAAUGAUAUUCAUAUGGUACGUAAAGUUUAUCAGAAGAAUUCAAAAGGUAGAUUCACAACUUAUUGUUAUAUGAGGUAUACUUUUAAUUUAAAUUUAGAAAAAUUAAAUGAAAAUAACAAGAGUGAAUUAUUUAAAGGGUUAGAUAAAACUUUAGAUUACAUUUCCUUUUUACCUAAAGAUGAAAAAAUUAGUAAUACUGAAUCGAUCUUGGAUAAGGAAUACAGAAAGUUGGAUAAACAAAUGGAAUCAGCUGAGUCUAUUAUAUCGAAUGUACAGUUAACGAAUAGUAGUCCCAUUUUAUAUAGUAAUUAUUCAGAAUAUAUUGAAACUAUUGAUGAUAUAAUUAAUUACAUAGAUAGUAUAAGUCAUGUAUUAAAUAUACAUAAGUCCCUUAAGAACAAAUUAGUAGAUGAAAAAGAGAAGUUAAUAAUGUAUGAACAGUCAGAAGGAAAUGGGAACAUGCGGAAAGAUAACUCCAGCAUGCACAAUGCUCCCCUUUAUGAAUUAUUAGAAAAUUUGAAUAAUUCGUUUAUGAUGAAGAAAAAGGUAAUAUAUUUAUUACAAGAUAAAAAACAUGAAGAAAGUUAUAAUAAAAUUUUAGAAAAUAACAUGGAUGAUCUUUUCAUAUCUUCCGUUAGACAAGUAUUUUAUUGCUAUGAUUUAUUGAAGAGGGAUAAUGUGCUGGAAUCAUUUUUCCCGGAUAAAGUAGGGGAAGCAGAAUCAGAAGAAGCAAAGGCACAAAUAGACACAGAGGCAGAAGAAGUAAGAAGCGCGAACAAAGAGGUAGACAUUAAAAACCAUACCUUCAACUAUUCACCAAGAGGGACGUCGAAUGAUAAUUCUGUGGAAAAUAUUGAUGAUAACGGAAAAUGUACUCUUUUUUUUAAAGCAAUUUUACAGAACCAAAUAUUUGCUGAUGAUUAUUCAGUUGGUUUAAAAUAUAUGGUCAAUGAGAAUUUUAAUAUUGGCAGAGAAACCUGGUACGAGAAUGAAAAAAAGGAAAAAACAGAAGUACAAAAUUCAGGUUAUGAAAAUUCUUUUUAUAAUACUUCAAAUUUACCAAUGAGUGAAUCAAACCUUAAGGUGUCACAAAACAUAAGUAAUGAUAGUGGUACUAUUGCUCAUGGUGAUAAAUUGUAUAGUAAUGGAGAUGAAGCAUUAGACUUAUCACAUCUACAAACAAAUAAAGGCCACUUAGAAGAUACAGCAUCCUUUACGCAAGUGUUAAGUGGAGCGAAGAAUGAUGAAAUGCCGGACGAUGAUAAUGAUGAUGCGGGGGAUUAUAUCGAUGAGAAUGAUAUGGAUUAUAUGGAGGAUGAAGACUAUGAAGAUGAUGAAGAAAAUGUAGAAGACGAUAAUGAAUAUGAGGAUUACGACGAGAACGACGAUGAACACGAGGACUACGACGAGGAUGACGUAGAAAAUAAAUAUGAAAGCUACGACGAAAACGACGAUGAAUAUGAGGAUUAUGACGAAAACGACGAUGAAUAUGAGGAUUAUGACGAAAACGACGAUGAAUAUGAGGAUUAUGACGAAAACGACGAUGAAUACGAGGAUUAUGUUGAAAACGAUGAGGAAAAUGAUGAUGGUGAAUUAUCAGGAGUAAAAAACUUGUUAAGUAGUUUGGUGAAAAAAGGGACUAAUAAUCUGAUAGACUCAGCAACAAAUAAAGUAUCAAGAUCUAUAAAUAAAAAGUUUAAUUUGGAUAAAUUAUCAAAAAAAGGUAAUAAAUUUAUAGAUAAAAUUAAGAAAGUAACAAAAAAGAGUAUUGAUAAAUAUAAAAAAGCAAAAAAGGGUGCCUAUAAGGUUAAAGAAAAAGGGAAAAAAUAUGCUAAUAAAGCACUGGAAGUAGUUGAAGAUAGUAAGAAUGCAAUUAAAAAGAGUGCAAAAAAUGCUAUGAAUAAAACUAAAAUAAAGGCAAAAAAAGGAUCUUACAUAAUAAAAAAGAAAGGAGAACAUAUUGCUGACAAAGCUGUGAAAGCAGCCAGAAAAAGCUCUGAUAAGUUUAAGGGCAGAUUGAAGAAUGACACUGGUAAACUAAAAAGUGGUACCAAAAAAGUCAUUGAUAAAUCUAAAAAGAAAGCAAAUAAAGGAGCUGAUAAAAUUAAAGAAAAAGGGAAAAGCGUUAUUGACAAAGCUGUGAAAUCGGCCAAAGAGAGCACUGAUAAGGUCAAGAAUAGUUUGACAAACGGAAUUGAUAAAGUAAAGAAUAAUGUGUCAAGUGGCACUGAUAAGGUCAAGAAUAGUGUGACAAACGGAAUUGAUAAGGUCAAGAAUAAUGUAUCAAGUGGCAUUGAUAAGGCCAAGAAUAAUGUAACAAGUGCUACUAAUAAGGUCAUAAAUGGUGUAACUGAUGGAAUCAAUAAGACCAAGAAUAAUUUUACAAAUGGCAUUGAUAAAGGCGUAAAGGAAAUGAAAAAGUCUAUCGAAGGUGUGACAAGUAAAACAGCAAGAACAAUAAAUGAAAAGAAUAAUGAAUUUAAUAAGGAUCUAAAUAAUAAAAAAAAAUCCUUAAAAAAAAAUGAUUCUGCUUCAAGAGUAAAAUCUAUAGGUCCUUUAGGGAAAAAAGUUUCUACGGACAAAAGUUCUUUGUUAAGUAUGUCUGAUGAUUCAAAUGAAACCAAUUUAAAUAAAAAGGAAAUAAAACAUGAAAUAAAGAAAAUUAAUAAAGAAUUCAAAAAAUUGAAAAGAAUGGAAAGAAAAAUAAAAGAAGAAUUAAAAAAUCCCGCUCCUUCAGACAAUAAAAUAAUUGAACAAUUUGAUGAGUUUGAAAAAAUUAAUGAACAGGGGAAAAAAUAA